GUUCCUCUUCGAGCUUGUCAUUCGGGUGGGUGCCCAGAAGUGGAAGUACUGCAGUGCAGAAGACUGGCAAUGGAAGUGCUUGGACGUCUUUGUGGUGCUCACCUCGCUGUGGGAGGUCGCGGUUGACGUUAUAACCGCAAUUUUCGAAGGGCAGCAGAGCAUUGAGGCCAUCCAGGGAUUGAGAAAUCUCAAGUCGUUCAGAAUCAUCCGGCUCACGCGCCUUCUCCGAGCCGUGCAGUUUGUACGGAUCUUUCGCUUCGUGAUGGCCUUGCGCAUGCUGGUGGAUUCGAUUUUCUCAACCUUGAAAUCGUUGUUUUGGGCCCUGAUCCUGCUGUGCCUGGUGAUCUAUGUCUUUGCGGUGAUGUUCGCCGAUGCUGUCAACGACUACAACAACGACUCGCUCGUGGAGCAGCUGAGUGCUAAGGACUUCGAAGCCACGCAGCUUUACUGGGCCUCGUUGCCAGACAGCAUGCUGACGCUCUUCAUGA